GUCGCCAUCCAGCUCAACGACACCCACCCGUCGCUGGAUCCCGAGCUCAUGCGGAUCCUGGUGGACGAGGAGAAACUCGAGUGGGACAAGGCGUGGGACGUGACGGUGCGCACGUGCGCGUACACGAACCACACGGUGCUGCCCGAGGCGCUGGAGCGGUGGCCCGUGCAGCUGCUCGAGACGCUGCUCCCCCGGCACCUGGAGAUCAUCUACGAGAUCAACCAGCGCUUCCUCGACCGCGUCUACGCCUCGUUCCCCGGCGAGCACGACCGGCUGCGGCGCAUGUCGCUGGUGGAGGAGGGCAGCGUGAAGCGCAUCAACAUGGCGCAUCUGUGCCCCGUGGGCGCGCACGCCGUCAACGGCGUCGCCCGCAUCCACUCCGAGAUCCUCAAGGACACCGUGUUCAAGGACUUCUAUGAGUUUGAGCCCCAGAAGUUCCAGAACAAAACGAACGGCAUCACGCCGCGGCGCUGGCUGGUGCUCUGCAACCCGGGGCUGGCCGAGGUCAUCGCCGAGCGCAUCGGGGAGCAGUUCGUGGCGGAGCUGGAGCAGCUCCGGCGCCUCGAGGCCUUCGUGGACGACGACGCCUUCGUGCGCGACGUCGCCAAAGUCAAGCAGGAGAACAAGCUGAAGCUGGCGGCACUGCUGGAGCGGGAGCACAAGGUGCAGAUCAACCCCGCGUCGCUCUUCGACGUCCAGGUCAAGCGCAUCCACGAGUACAAGCGGCAGCUGCUCAACUGCCUCCACGUCGUCACCCUCUACAACCGGAUCAAGAAGGAGCCCAACAAGCCCUUCGUGCCCCGCACGGUGAUGAUCGGGGGCAAGGCGGCCCCCGGCUACCACAUGGCCAAGAUGAUCAUCAAACUCAUCACGUCCAUCGGGGACGUGGUGAACCACGACCCCGUGGUGGGCGACCGCCUCAAGGUGCUCUUCCUGGAGAACUACCGCGUCUCCCUGGCCGAGAAGGUGAUCCCGGCGGCCGACCUCUCGGAGCAGAUCUCCACGGCGGGCACCGAGGCCUCGGGCACGGGCAACAUGAAGUUCAUGCUCAACGGGGCGCUCACCAUCGGCACCAUGGACGGGGCCAACGUGGAGAUGGCCGAGGAGGCGGGCGAGGAGAACCUCUUCAUCUUCGGCAUGCGGGUCGAGGACGUCGAGGCGCUCGACCGCAAGGGGUACUGCGCCCGCGACUACUACGAGCGGGUGCCGGAGCUGCGGCAGGUCAUCGACCAGCUCAACAGCGGCUUCUUCAGCCCCCGCCAGCCCGACCUCUUCCGCGACAUCGUCAACAUGCUCAUGAACCACGACAGGUUCAAGGUGUUUGCAGACUACGAGGCGUACGUCAAAUGCCAGGAGAAAGUCAGCGAACUCUUCAAGGACACGCGGGAGUGGACGCGGAAGGUGAUCCGGAACAUCGCGGCGGCCGGGAAGUUCUCCAGCGACCGAACCAUCGCCCAGUACGCGCGGGAGAUCUGGGGGGUCGAGCCCACGCGCCAGCGCAUCCCCGCCCCCGACGAGCCCCGCGAGUAGUGCCCGCCCGCCGGGACCCCCGGGGCACCCCCCGACCCCCGGACGCCUGGGCCCCCGCUGCUGCCCGCCCGGACGCCUGGGCCCCCGCGAUGCUCCCUGCUCGGACGCCUGGGCCCCCCUGCCACUCCCUGCCUGGACACCUGAGCCCCCCCGAUGUUCCCUACCCGGACACCUGGGCCCCCUUUUGCUCCCCACUUGGAUGCCUGAUCCCCCCGGUGCUCCCCGCCCGGACGCCUGGGCCCCACUGAUGCUCCCCACCCGGACGCCUGGGCCCCCUUCUGCUCUGCGCCUGGAUUCCUGGGCCCCCCCAGCGCUCCCCACCUGGACGCCUGGGCCCCACUGAUGCUCCCUGCCCGGAUGCCUGGGCCCCCCAGCACUCCCCGCCCGGACUCUGGGACCCCCCAAUGCUUCCCCCCCAGUGCAAGGAUGCUUCUGCCCGGACGCCUGGGCCCCCCGCCCGGACGCCUGGGUCCUCCCAGGGAGGCGCAGCCCCCUCCCCCCUCCUGUGUGUGCUGUUCUGGGGUCCCCCAAUCGCCCCACAAACACACUUUGGGGACUGCCCCCACUGCACCCCCCACCCUCUUCUCCCACGAGCCGGACGCCUGGGCCCCUUGCCCGGCCGGGGGCCCUGCCCUGGGAGGGAGCCCAGGCGUCCGGGCGCUCGCGGGCCGCCCGGGCCCUGGCUGCGUUUGCUGUUUCGCUUUUCCUCUUUCCUAAGACUCCUUUUUAAUUUAUUUGGGGGGAAUCGCUACUGCCCCCCCACCAGGAAGCGGCUGGCUGGGGGGGGGGGGCGGGCCCAGUA